GAUAGCAACAGAUAAUUUUCUUUGUCCAUGAGAUAAAAUCACAUAUGUAUAUCCAAAGAUCUAGUACUGUGCAGCCUUCAACAGUGAAUAAUGAACAUAUUAAGUAAAAAAGUAAAGUUAUGAAAUGUAUAUAUAUAUGAUCUCUUGUUGCUAAAAAUAUACACAUAGGCAUACAGUUGAUGAAAUAUACAUGUAUAGAAAGAAAUCUGGAAAAAUAUACAAUAGUAAUGAAAUUGUAUCUCUGGGUAAUGGAGUUAUGGUUAUUAACGAUCCAUAUUUCAUUGUUCUACAAGACUCUGUUGUGUAAAGAAAAGUUAACAAGUCAGGCUAUUAAGUACUUUUUCUCAUUCCUUAAAGACUCUUCUCAGUGAAGCAGGCACUGUCCUAGGACAUCAUCUUCUUGAAAUAAUAUGGCAUCUUGUGGGUCACAUUUGCAAUGGGUUUUUACUUUGUCUUGCAGGUUAUCUGGGAUACGCUAGGAAACAAGCAAUUUUGUUCCUUCAAAAUAAGAACCAAGACUCAGGGCUUCUGCAGAAAUGAAUACAAUCUGACUGGACUAUGUAAUCGGUCGUCCUGUCCCCUGGCAAAUAGUCAGUAUGCCACUAUUAAAGAAGAGAAAGGACAGUGCUACUUGUAUAUGAAGGUUAUAGAACGAGCAGCUUUUCCUAGGCGUCUCUGGGAACGGGUCCGGCUUAAUAAAAACUAUGAGAAAGCACUGGAGCAAAUUGAUGAAAAUUUAAUUUACUGGCCCCGUUUCAUUCGACACAAAUGUAAGCAGAGAUUCACCAAGAUCACCCAAUACCUAAUCCGAAUUAGAAAACUUACACUAAAGCGACAGAAGAAACUUGUUCCUUUGAGUAAGAAGGUGGAGCGUAGGGAGAAAAGAAGAGAGGAAAAGGCAUUAAUAGCUGCUCAGCUGGACAAUGCCAUUGAGAAGGAAUUGCUGGAGAGACUGAAACAAGAUACGUAUGGCGACAUCUACAACUUCCCCAUUCAUGCCUUUGACAAGGCCCUGGAACAGCAGGAGACAGAAAGUGACUCUUCAGAUGCCGAGGAAAAAGAUGAUGAAGAUGAUGAUGAAGAAGAUGUGGGAAAAAGAGAAUUUGUGGAAGAUGAUGAGAUAGAAGAGAGUGACAUAAGUGAUUUUGAGGAUAUGGAUAAACUGGAUGCCAGCAGCGAUGAAGAUCAGGAUGAUGAAUCCUCCAAAGAGGAGGAAGAAGAAAAGGCCCUUAAUAUGAAACACAAAGGCAAAACACCCUUGAAAGGACCCUUACGGAGAAAACGAGCCUACGUAGAGAUAGAAUACGAGCAGGAGACAGAGCCCAUGGCCAAGGCCAAGACCACGUGAUUUCCCUUCAACCGUUUGUACACAGGACUGAACAUUUGGAACAUUUUUUUUAUCUUGAACACAUACACACCUCCAGUUUUUGCUCUUUUGUGUUGUAUUUAACACAAUAUUUGUGUUUUUAAUAUUUAUGUCACUUCAGUGGGGCAAGAAAUCUGGAGUGAGUGGAAGAAAGCCUUAACUUGUGAACAAAGCAUUUUUAUAGCAUAUGUGUUGAACUAACAGCUUGAGCCCAAGAAGCUUAGCAGAUGAGUUCCUGAAUCUGGGAUGAGACUGUGGGUGUAAAUAUUUCUAAAUUUUAAA